UUAAGGCCCCCCCUAUGACAAUCGAAGCAGCCCUGACAAGAAAAACGAGAUAGUGUGCGGUUGAUCGGUCAUGCAAUCUGUCAAAUUUUCAAAAAAUACAGUUUGUUUACAUUUUGAACCGAACGAUAGCUCUCACGAUGUACAACGGCGAAUGAUUAAAAAAAGGCUACUUCGGUGAUGAAAAUGUUGUGUGUAAUGUGUACAAUAAACAGCCUAAAAAUUAUAAAUGGUGGUAGAAUCGACUUCGCACGCCUGAAAGCCGUUUAGGCUGUUGUGCAACCGUGUUGAGCCGGCGAUAGUUAGAAAGAGGGAAGAAAGAAUGCCCGCAAUCAAACUAAACGAUGUUUGAUCAUGGAAAACAAGUUAAAAAGCAUACAAAGCUCGCUCGCUGUUGGACGCUUGGACAAUUACUUUUACAAUCAUUCGGUGAUCAGUUUGCGAAACGUCUUGCCGCACGCCUGGUACAGGCCCUUCUUGUCCGCGUCGGUAUCGAUCGUGGACUGAUCGUUCGGCAGCGUCAGCAUCAUCACCUUCAUCUGCGGGUAGUUGUGGUACGGCACAGUUCCGGUCGCCAUCUCGAUCGCGGUAAUGCCGAACGACUAGAAGCCGUAUCCGUGGUCCCGCUCCAUCUCCUCCGGCGCCAUCCAGCACGACGUGCCGAUAAACGUGUGGUACACCUUCUGCCGCGACAUGUCUCCAUCGGUGGCGAGCCACGCGCUCAUCCGCUAUAUUUAGGAGCCGUCGUCGCCGGGCAGUAUGAUGGCCACCUUGAUGUCCACGUAAUGAGCAAUGCGAAAUGUGCACUCAAUUGGCAAGCGCACAGCAAGAUCCAGCAAACGUUACCGACAGUCUUUGUCGCCGUGAAAAUGCUUCUAAUGCACGGCUAA